GGUCUGGUAGAGUUUGUAGAUAUUGUUCCGAUAGGUGACUUCUUUGCGAUGCCGGGUGCGAAAGUUGCGGUGAAUCUCUCGCUGCUUGUCCUUGCUGGCCCUCUUCAGCUUGCUCUUCUCGAGGUCGUUGCAGGCGUCGAUAACGAACGUGUUCUUCUCUUGAGGGGUGAGAUUGUCGUAAUCGAUAGCGAAGCAGAUGGCAACGAUCGUUUGCAAGAUGUAGUAUACGAGGUUGGUCAAGAUAUCGCCGUCUGGACUGUCGCUGAGGUGUCGUUCGUGUUCGAGUAAGCGCGUAAGAGGGCGAGAUUUCGAGUCAAUGUUUGAAAGCCUAUUGCAGACAGCAAGCCAGGUAUGAUUGAUCGGACGGAUUCCCGAACGAAAUGCCUUUUUCUAGAUGGAGAAUGAGUAGGUGCAUAUCAUGGUCAAUGAGGGCGCAUACAAGCUCAUACUCAGAGGCGGGCCUGUAGCCUUGUAUCAAUCGUGACAGUGCAGCCUGCUCUUGUUCUAGCAGCGAGCGAGAUUCAGGGUUACGGAGAUGGUUCAAAAAGUGGCUGACAGAGAUACAGGGUUCAUAAUAGACGGCGAGAAUGGCGGUUAAUCGGUCUUGGGCGGGCUACGGAACCAUUAGACAUGAUUUGCGUUGAAUAUAACCUACCCCCGAGUCCCUCUUUCUAGCUUGUUU